UAAGCGUCGGUUAUCAAUUGAUGAUUUAUCAAACUUUUGAUUCAAAACUUUUCAGGGCAGGGACGUAUAAUCUUUGAAGCAAAUCAAAGAGUAUUGAAGGGUGUUAUAUUAAUUUAGAGCUUGCAAUUAUGCAGAAAUUGUAAGAUAUCUCACGGAGCAUGGAGACGCGAAAAGCGUGACCUUUAGAUAAUUAACAAUUCAUGAACUCAAAAUGCAAAUAUCUGCAUCAACAUCUUAUUUCACUCGUAAAACUAAAAUUAAAAUAGCAGUCUUAUCAAUACUUUCCCCCGGGGAUUGAAACUAUGCGUAAAUUCAUCCUAAAGGAAAACCUCGGUGGUAAUAUGAUACCUUUGAAAACAAAAAACUUUUAUAAUCAAGAAAGCCCGAACAAUGCAUUAUAAACAUUCAUAUUUUGCACAUUGGAUAUUCUGAUACAUGCAAGAGUGAGUGGUAUCAGUACUCCUCCCAGGCAGGCAAGCCCAUGUUUUACCAUAACCCAUCCACUAAUGAAUACAGAUUCCCGAAAAACAAGUUUCAGAACCAUGAAACAUCCACUCCCAUCAUGCAGAUGUGUAUACUCGACACAGAAAACGAGGCAAGCAUUAAGAAUGGAGAGAUACCAACUGAGCACCUCAUUUCUCAGCGGAUUGGUGAGUCCAUAAGACAUGGCUGUUUGGCAGACAGCAUACUAAAUAUCAAGGCGGAGCCAAUAGAUGAAGAAGAAAGCAGCGACUGCAUGCCAAAUCCAUCUCUUAUUGCCAACAUAAAGAAAGAAAGUAUAGAAGAUGAACUACUCGAUACACCAACUAUAAAUAUAAAACAAGAACCCUUAGAGGAACCAAUAGAUGAAUGUCCAGUCAAUAUUGAGGCCUUGAAUAGACGAAGAGACAAUGACAUCACUACAGUUGUAAAUAAUUUUAAUGAUACUUCAGUUGUGAAUGGUUUUAAUGAUACUUCAGUUGUGAAUGGUUUUAAUGAUACUUCAGUUGUGAAUGAUUUUAAUGAUACUUCAGUUGUGAAUGGUUUUAAUGAUACUUCAGUCGUGAAUGGUAACAUUGUCACAGCAGAAGAUUGCAAUAACGAAUGUGAGGGAAAGUGUGUAUUUCAAAGUGUGGCAGUGGGGAACAGUGGAGUACCAGAGUUGAACUGUCUGCAAGAUGUAGAUCAUGAUAACGGUAGUGAUUCCACCGUUAUACUAGAUUUUCCACCAUCAGACGAGCUAACACAAUCUCCACUGGCUCCGGAGUCGCCUUUUGAAAGAGUGGAUGGAGGAGGUGAAUCAGAGGGUACAAUAGCUAUAGACUACCCGUGGCCACUAUUAGGUAAAGACUUGGACGCCGCCUUUUGCUGCUCCGAGUGCAGUAGAGCCUUCAAGAAUAAAAGUGACUUGGUCAAGCACAAAAGAGUGCAUUGUGACGAUAAACCAUACAGUUGCAGGGUUUGUGGGAGUGCAUUUAUGCAUUUCUCGGCGCUGAAGCGACACCAGCUUGUGCACAGAGUAGUUAGCGAUACUAAGGAAGGAGAUCACCUUGAGCGAGGAAGACUAACCUGUGGUGCGAGAGUGUUCACGCAUCUAAAGAAACACCAGCUUAAUCAUGAAGGGAACGUUAGUUAUUCUUAUGGCCAACGUAAGGUCACGUCUAAAGAAUAUUCGGAUACCGAGGACUCAGAUGACACAAUUAUCAUAGACUACCAAGCAACUGGAGUUGGAGACAAAAGUACAUUAAAGAAAGACGCCCAGCGUGAAGUGAGCCUAGAAAGAGAUGGUAAGCGAUACAGCUGUGAUGUGUGUGGAAGGCGAUUUGUUGACUUGGGUAUUUUCACUCGUCAUAAGAAUUCUCAUCUUGGUGUUAAGACUGAUAUCAAAGGCGAAAAUGCGCACGUCUGUGACAUCUGCAAAAAGAUGCUGGCUUCUUCCUCUGCACUUUCAAGGCACAAGCGUAUUCACUUACAGAAAAAACAAAGUACAAGGAAUACUAAAAGGAUGGCCUCACGACAAGACGGGACGGGGAAAGGGGAGGACCUCCUGACACGCCCAUCUGGCGUGCAAGCGAGUAAAGAACAACCUGAUAUGAAAACUGUGAGGGUUAAGCGAGAAGGGAAUGAGUAUCAGCCAUCUAACAAGAUGCAUAAGUGUGAGACCUGCGACAAAGAGUUCACUCGCCGAGACGCCCUGACGUGCCAUAUUAGGAUCCACACCGGUGAGAGACCAUUUGAGUGUCGCUAUUGUGACAAGCGGUUCUCACAGCCCUCGCACCGGGUGCAGCACGAGUUCAAGCACAGCGGCGAGAGAUCCCACAUGUGCGACAUCUGCAGCAAAAGCUUCUCCAGAGCGAGCACGCUGGUGCGACACAUGAUCUCACAUACGGACGACAAGCCUUACGUUUGUACAAAGUGCAACAAGGCCUUUGCGUAUUCUGCUUCUCUGGUCAAGCAUGAUAGAGUCUAUCACAGGGGAGUCAAGCCGUACGAAUGUGACAUUUGUGGGAGAGCGUUCAGCGAUAGGUCGGGUCUAGUAAAGCAUGAAAGAACACACACAGGGGAGCGACCGUUCGAGUGCAGUAUCUGUCAUAUGAUGUUCUCUCUGAAGGGAUUGCUGACGCGACAUAUGAGGUCACACACUGGCCAGCGGCCGUACAAGUGUGAGUACUGCUCGGCGGCGUUCUCGGUGUCCGAUACGCUCAAGUCGCACCUGAGACUGCAUACCGGCGAGCGACCAUACAAAUGUGAGAUUUGUAACAAGGGGUUCGUGCAGUCAAGCGCUUUGAGCAGCCACCUCCUGACGCAUAGUGGCAAAAGGCCGUAUGAGUGCCUGACCUGUGGGCAGACAUUCAGAUCGCGAUCGAACCUCUUGUAUCACGAGCGCCGCCAUAGAGGAGAAGCCCCUUUUGAGUGCCAAACGUGUGGGAAGGUGUUUGUUCGCUCCGAUAACCUGAGCAAACACAUGCUUUGUCAUACGGGCGAGAAACCAUACAAGUGUCAAGUCUGUGAAAGGGGUUUCGCCAGUACCUCAGCGCUUAAGUCUCACCAGCGGAGACAUGAUGGUAUAAAACCCUACAAGUGUGAACGAUGCGACAAACGAUUUACUAGCUCGAAUGAGCGCACACGCCACAUGAGAACCCAUACCGGUGACAAACCAUACACAUGUGAUAUUUGCAAGGAGAAUUUCAUGUACACCACGUCACUUACGAGGCACAAAUUGAUCCAUUCCGGGGCAAAGCCCUUUAAGUGCGAUAAAUGCGAGAAGGCGUUUAGAUCAUCCAGUGAGCUGACCCGACAUGUGAAACUCGUGCACGUAAAGAAACCCUUUCCAUGCGACACGUGCAAGCAAGCCUUUCGAAGCGAGGACGCCCUAGCUCGUCAUAAAAACACUCACGCCGGGGACCUUUUACCAUAAAAAAAACAUUCACGCUGGGCACCCUUUGGACGCCUUAGCUCGACAUAAAAACACUCACGCUGGGAACCUGAAUAAAACCUUACCCUAGUAAGAGUACAUAUCUUAAUUGGAUAUAUUUGAUUGAUACUUAUAUUUGUAUGAUAAAUAACUCAAUGUAAUAGUGACUUCAAAGUAACUUUGUAAGACUUGUUUUCAUCUUUUUUUUAUCAUAUGCCGAAUUUGUAAAUAUUUGUUAUAACGAGAUUAUAAAUAUGAAGGAAAAAUCCA